AUGAAAGUGUCCGACGCGAAUACUUCAGUUUUGCCACGUUUAGAGUUGAAAUGGAGGUUAAAUGAUGCCAAUAUUUCAUCCGUAACCAAACUCUCAAAGACUCAUUCUCAAAACCAGGAACUCCGUCAAGCUCACACUCAACAGCUCGCAAUCUCAUCCGCAAGCUCAACAUCAACCUCCGUCCCCCCGACUACCCAAUUUAAAGCUUCAAGAUCACAUACAACUGAGUCGAACAACCGCUGGCCAGCUUACGGGGUGGGGUGGAAAACGUGA